GACCCCCGACGGCUCCGCUCCACCUCAUCUCCAACGUCAAUGAGACAUCGGUCAACUUGGAGUGGAGCACUCCUCUCUCCUCUGGCGGACGCCAGGACCUCAGCUACAACGUGGUGUGUAAACGCUGCGGGCCCGAGGGGACACGGUGUCAGCCCUGUGGGAACGGGGUCCACUUCAGCCCCCAGCAGCUGAGCCUCAGGGCCACCAAGGUGUCUAUCAACGACCUGCAGGCUCACACCAACUACACCUUUGAGAUUUGGGCUGUUAACGGGGUCUCCCAGCAGAGCCCUGGACCUGAGCAGGCCGUGUCGGUGACAGUCACUACCAACCAGGCCGCACCGUCUCCCGUCAACUCGAUCCAAGCCAAGGACAUCACCAGACACACCAUCUCUCUGGCCUGGCAGCAGCCUGAGAAAGCCAACGGGGUCAUCCUGGAGUACGAGGUCAAAUACUAUGAGAAGGACCAGAAUGAGAGGAGUUAUCGCAUUAUCAAGACGUCGUCCAGGAACACCGACAUCAAGGGCCUGACCCCUCUGACCUCCUAUGUGUUCCAUGUGCGCGCUCGCACCGCCGCCGGCUACGGAGAGUUCAGCGCUCCCUUCGAGUUCAUGACCAACUCUGUUCCAGCUCCUAUCAUCGGAGAUGGGACUAACUCCACAGUGUUGCUGGUGUCUGUGGUGGGCAGUGUUGUUCUCCUCCUCAUACUCAUCAGUGCCUUCGUCAUCAGCAGGAGAAGGAGUAAGUACAGUAAGGCCAAGCAGGAUGCUGAUGAAGAGAAACACCUACACCAAGGAGUGAGGAUAUACGUAGACCCCUUCACCUACGAGGACCCCAACCAGGCUGUCCGACAGUUUGCCAAGGAGAUCGACGCUUCCUGUAUCAAGAUUGAGAAAGUCAUUGGCAUCGGUGAGUUUGGGGAGGUGUGCAGCGGUCGUCUGAAAAUGCCAGGGAAGAGGGAGAUUUGUGUGGCCAUUAAAACCCUGAAGGCGGGAUACACUGACAAGCAGAGGCGGGACUUCCUGUCUGAGGCCAGCAUCAUGGGCCAAUUCGACCAUCCAAACAUCAUUCACCUGGAGGGAGUGGUCACCAAGUGUAAACCAGUGAUGAUUAUCACAGAGUACAUGGAGAAUGGCUCGCUGGAUGCAUUUCUGAGGAAGAAUGACGGGCGUUUCACAGUGAUCCAGCUGGUGGGCAUCUUGCGUGGCAUCGCGUCAGGCAUGAAGUACCUGUCUGAUAUGAGUUACGUCCACAGAGACCUGGCUGCACGCAACAUCCUGGUCAACAGUAACCUGGUGUGUAAGGUGUCUGACUUCGGCAUGUCACGAGUACUGGAGGACGACCCCGAGGCUGCAUACACCACCAGGGGAGGGAAGAUCCCCAUUCGCUGGACAGCCCCAGAGGCCAUCGCCUACAGAAAGUUCACCUCGGCCAGCGACGUGUGGAGCUACGGCAUUGUCAUGUGGGAAGUGAUGUCAUACGGAGAGCGCCCAUAUUGGGACAUGAGUAACCAGGAUGUGAUCAAGGCCAUAGAUGAGGGGUACAGGCUGCCCCCACCUAUGGACUGCCCCGUGGCAUUGCACCAGCUGAUGCUGGACUGCUGGCAGAGGGAGAGGGGCGAUAGGCCCAAGUUUGGCCAGAUUGUCAACAUGCUGGACAAACUGAUCCGGAACCCCAACAGCCUGAAGAGGACUGGAGGAGAGACCACACGACCCAGCACCACCCUCCUGGAGCCAGUCAGCCCGGAAUUGUCCUCGGCCCUGGGCUCUGUGGAGGACUGGCUGCAGGCCAUCGGCAUGGAGAGAUACAGCGACAACUUCACCGCAGCAGGAUACACCAGCCCAGAGGCUGUGGUUCAUAUGACACAGGAGGACAUGGGCCGAAUUGGAAUCUCUUCAGCUGCACACCAGAAUAAGAUCCUGACCAGCGUCCAGGGAAUGCUCUCCCAAAUGCAACAGAUACAAGGCAGAAUGGUUCCGGUCUGAUCCACAAGAAGGAAACGACUUCAUUUCUUACGAUAAUAAAAAUAAAAUAUCAAAAGACAAAUGAACGAUAAAAUUGUUUACCUCAUCCAUGCACUUUAAAUUGGAUUUAAAAUAAGAAGAAAAGAAGAAGAAAAGUGGGAAAAAAUUGCACUUUUUGUCAGACGUUAGACCUUGCCCUAUUGAGAACGGGAUAUUUUCCUGUCUGAGCGGUGCUGGGAAUGGGACGGACGGAAAGCUUUUCCGAGAGGCCAAUUGGAGUGCCUUCAACGGUCUGGAAGGAAUUCAGAGGGGAUCGCUCCUCUGGGCAAAAGUAAUGUUUCUGGAACGUUCUUUCUGGAAUACCUACAGAGCAGUAAUUGUGUUAAGUUGUGUAUGUAUGAAUUGUUCUCUGUGACUCGCUGCCAUACCCUCCAUUGUCUUUCUCAGCUGGAUCCGUCCUAACAACAACAGACAAAAUGGAGGAUUCCAACCUCGAGAUAAACACUGAUGUUCUGAAUCUGAGAGGUUGAGGGAGGGAUUCAAGAGGGAGGGGAAGUGGGAUCUGUGUUUUUGCUCUGUUCUGGUCUUGUUUUUUCCCAGAUUGGGCUGUUUUGUUGCCCUCAGGACAUUGAGCAUUUUCUCAGAAUGUCUUUGAUCUAAAGAGGUGCAUUGCUACCCCUUGUCCUCCCAAAUCAACAUCUCACCCCUCCUAAAACAUUUUAUUUGGAUCAUCUUUCAUCAGCCCCUCUGGAUUACAGCCCGCCCCCCUGGGUCUGAUUAUUGCUUUUUGUUAUUUGACAGACAGCUGUUUGGACCAGUUGGAUUCUUACUGUGUAUUUGUUUCCUGAACGUAAAAAUGAGAGCAAAGGAGUAUGGGAUUUAUUUGAGCACAACUGUGCACAACUGUGCACAACUGCAGAGAGAUUGUUUUUUGUUACAUAUCCAUGACAACGACAUCAAAAUAAACAAGAGAAUACAUGCUGGACAUUAUUCAAUCAUCAAUCACCAUGCUGCCCCCGUCUAUCAUCAACAGGAUUCCUCCCUCUCUCCCCAUGACCAGAAUUCCUCCUCUUCUCCUUGGAGUCUCCUCUAACUCCAAUAUGAGAAAUCCAUCUCUCCAUGUCUGGCACAUUUCGUUGUUCGCCGUCACUAAGUUUUUCAGAACGGACAAACAGACUAGCGCUCCAUGACCAUCAGCUUACAGAAACAAUAUGAAUGAUUCAGCAACACUUAAAAAACAUAAAAAUAAUGUAAUAUAAACUACACCCUGCUCCAGCAGAUGAUGUACUUGUUUUAUGAAUUUUGAAGUUUAUUUUCCUUUGUGUUUUUGGGUAGCAUGUAAAGUGAGUGUAUGGUAACAGCGAGCAUGUGAUAGUGUGAUGAGUGUGCACCAUGUGUGUUUGAGUGAGUGAGUGAGUGAAUGUGUAUGGGUGUGUGUGUGUGUCUGUAUGACUGUCUAUGAUGUCUUCGAAGUACUAUCGAUAGUUGUCUGUUUUUAUGCCAGAUUUGUUUUUGGAAUUUCAUGAAUUGCUUAGUAACUAGAAAAACAAUGUAAAGUGUGCCACUACUCGUGCUCUGUCAAUCCUCUUCAGCAACAGCAGUUAAAGAGGUUUGCGGUUUUCAACACACCCUUAACUGCAUUGGCUUUAGUAGUGGGUUCCAGUUGGAUAUAUGGACAAUAGCCUCCUAUACUGACAGAAACACAGAAGGACAGACGGACAGUCAGCGGCAUAGGCUCUCUCAUUAGAAAGUAGAGUGGACUCUCCGAGCUGAAGCAAAGACACUGCGGAACCAUCUUUCUGGAUUUUGAGCAGGGGAUGUUUUAAAAAGACGUACCUAUAUAGUCAACAAGGACUUGAUGCUGGGAAGGGUGAUAAGAAGGGAUAAUCAUUGGUCUCGUUUCAUUUUUAUUUUUUCAGAUAUGCACCAAAUGACAGUCAGGUUUCAUUCAAAGGACUUCUUUUUUUAUAUACAUCCGUUAAUAUCUGAAUGUUUUUCCGAUCAUAUGUGAUGGUUGACAUACUACAGAUUACUCCGUCCUCCAUACCAGCCCAGCUCAAUGCUCUUCUCAUUGGUAAAGUUGGGUUUUAAUCCAUCAAGGACCUGUCAUGUGGAAAUAUGCAAGAAGUGUGAGGAAAGGGAAACAGAAUGUACUGUAUAAUACUUUUUCAUUUAGUUAAUGAUGAAAAAACCUAACAAAACACAAAUGAAUGUUUGUCAUUGUCUGCCUUCUGACACCAUAUGAUCCUGCCAUGCACACUAACACUCUUUCAAUCUCUUUUUUUUAAUGCUUUUUUUGUAUUAUUAUUUUUGUUCAUUCGAUUUAUUUUGUCAAGGAUUUUAGGUACAUGUAACUUAUGUCAUUAUUUAUGGUCUUUUAUAUCUAGUUUGUAAAAUUAUAGCAAAAGUGAAGAAAAUGAAGGGUUGUCAUAUGGUGCAUUCUUAUUAAAGUAGAAACCAUCCGACUGUC